UUCCCUGGGAUUUCCUCUGUUACUCACACCAAGAAAGUGAAAACGAGAGCAAGGGAUCUCAAUAAAUAGGAGAGGCGGGAGCUGGCUCCACACUAGAGCAUCAUCUACCCCGGGGUUGGCUGGGUCGUUUCCCCCCUCUGCAGCAUCCUUGGCACCCGCAGCAUGGCAGCAGGCAUGGCAGCGCACGGCUUCUGCUGGAUCCUUGGUUUGGUGGCUCUCUGCGUCCUGAGCACCCAGCAGGUUUCUGGUGAUUAUCAGGUCAUGGACUGCUGCGUGAGAACCAGCUCGAGGCCCAUUCCCGCCAAAGUUGUCCAAGAUUACCGGGACCAGUAUGUUCAAGACGGCUGCCCAGUCCGGGCUGUGAUUUUCAUCACCAUCAGAGGGAGGAACCUCUGUGCCCCUCCCCAUGCCCCGUGGGUGAAGCAUCUGAAAGAGACGUUGAACCGCCGAAACCAUAACAGGAGGUCAUCCUGGCUUUCCUUCUAGAUGGCCGGCUGACCCCCUUGCAUCCCAGAGGAGGAACCUCGAGCAAUCAGCAUCGUCCAAUGCCUGCAUUUCCCCAAGAUGGACCACUCAUCUAAUCCAGCGAGGUCCUUCUUUGCGCUCCUGCAAUUCAGCUAGUUAGCCCCCUUGGAAAUGGGGGGUCUUUGCCUCUAGACUAUUGCAAAGCCUUUCUGCUGUGUUCUUGCAUUUGCAAAUACCCAUCUCGAGUUAGUUGAUUCAGACCCCAUCAGUUGCAAAAGCUCCCAGCUGUUUGCUAUACACACCUUCAUGCAGAAAUCCCAGUUCCCUGAGGUUCAAAAUUUCCCACUGUCUUAAUAGAUGGUCCAUUUUUAUUUUUAUUUUGAGCCACCUUAAAGGCUGCUUUGCCUUCUUCCUAGUCACAAUCUGGCCACAUUCACUGCUCUUCAGGGAACAGAGGGGUCUCCUUCAGCGUCGCUAGUUUUUGCUUGGGCUGUUUCCUUGUUAUUCUGAAAUCUGGAAAUUGUGCCGCUGUUGGUGCAUUUGGUGGGUUAAGGAACAAGCAAAUUAUGCUCAGUCAAGGAUUACGAGGCUGCAAGAGAUGAAGGUGACAGAGCAAAGAAGAGGAGGAGAAUGCAGAACAGUGGUAUAAACCUGGUUUGGGGCAGCUGUGGCCCUGCAGAUGUUGCUGGAAUACAACUCCCAUCAUCCCCUGACACUGGCCAGCUUAGCAAUGUGGGUAUGUUGUAGAAUCAUCAUUGGGCGUCUUAGGUGUGCCAGAACAACCCUUGGCUUUUUAAAAUGUGGCCUGGAAUUGCCUCUGUGCAUGUUUUAAAAAUAUCUCGUAAUGGAAAUUAGGUCCGGGCUAACAAUCAUGCGUGCAGUCUGGGUGCCCCAAAGGUAACCUUUUCUGUUUUAUCGGCCAAAACAAAUAGCCUGUUAUUCAAGGCUACGAAAAUUACUACAUAUCUGCGAGGAACCCUGUAGAUCUUGGUGGUGUGAUUUGGCAAAAGAAAGAAAGGAAAACUCACAAUGAUGCAACAGGGCAGCCAGUCAAGAUAGUGGAAACACAGAGAUGAGAAAGACAACAGCACAUGAUAGGGCACAAAGCCCCAAUCCCAGGCAGAUGCAACAUUCGUAACCACAAAACAGGAACUUUAAGGCAGAUCUGGGAUGAAUUUGCUUCUCCAACGCUCCUUGAACUUCUCCUUUGUGAAUUUUGUUGUUUGUCCUUUCUAGAAGUUGUCUGAUUCCUUGAAUAUUUGCUGAAUGUUUUCUAGCUAGUUGAUAUUGGGUAUCCAAUGAUAUUGGGAGUUCAGUGUUUAUUGCCUUACAGCUGGCGCAUGAGAACGCAUGGGCUGCUUGGUGCUUGAUAGCACUGACAUCUGAAAUUGUUUCCAGCCUUCAGAGAUCACUCCGGCACACAUGGUCUCUUCUGCCAGCCUGCGCAUCUGCUACAAAACCCCUUAUGCGUUGCUGAGGAUUCUGAGUUCACUUUCAAUUUAGGCCAAUUGUGAACCAGAAGUGUGGCUUAGAACGAACCCAAUAUAUCUCCAUGACAGUGCAGAGCAGAGACAUUUUUAAAAAUGUAUUUACCAGGCUGCCUUUGAAUAUCACUUGCAGCGAUAAUGAAGGUUUGACAGCUGAGUCAAACUAUCAAAAGAUAUGAACAAAGGCUAGGGCAUUACCAGAUAGAUGCAAACACUCCACAUCCAAAAUGUGAUUUUCAAUGCUGAAUUAGAAAUCUGAAUGACAAAACUGGGAAGUUCGGAAAAAGUUAAGUAACUGGGAGCUUUCAUUUGAAACCUGAUUAACUGGUGAGGACAUCUUAUUCCAAUGCUUUGCGUUUCUUAAAAAAUUAUGGAUUAAUCAAUCAGUCGUGUUUUCAGAACCACUUGCAUGGUGUCAAGUUAUUCUCUAUUUUCCUGUCUUCCCUUUGAGGUUGUCCUACAUGUAUCUACUCAUGGGUGCCAAAUACAAAUGUACUGUAAUUCAAAUUUCCUUCCAUUGUGUCAUCUGCUUGCAAUCUCUAUAAAUUCACGAAUAAAAA